CCUGAUGAAAUUGAGUUACUUUUCUAUCCUAGAAAUAUCGUAAGAGAAGAAAAAGAAUGUUACGCCCAAUUCUUCCCAUCCUUUCCGUUGGUCAACAACCAAAAAAAGAAAAGUCCACUUUCGUUUUUCACUAGUCCUACAGGCAGGAAGGAAGGACUCCCUUUCUCUUUCUUUCUGGAGGGAAUCAUUUUCUAUAUUCGAAUAGAAUCCAAAAAAUGCCAAAGAUCCUUCGACCCAACUCUCCUCAUCUUCCUAUUUAUAAGCCACAGCUUACUUCGACGUUUCCAAUUUCCCAUAGAAUCUCCGGAGCUUUCCUAGCCACUAUCGUUUUCUUUUUUUAUCUUCUUUGUCUUAAAAUAGGUUUGAUUUGCUUCACCUAUGAGAAUGUCUACCAAUUCUUCUUUUUUUCAUCAAAGCUCAUCCUAAUCUCCGUUGGGAUUAUUGCCUUUUUUUCCUUUUACCAUAUUUCUAAUGGAAUUCGUCAUUUAUAUUUGGUUUUUUCUUCUUCGACCUAUUCGAUUUUUAUGCCCUUUUUCAUUUUCAUAAUAAUAGGAAUACUCCUGUUUUAUGAAAAUGAGGUGGUUUCGUAUUGUGAAGGCCUCCACGCCUUCUCCUCCCCUAAGACUCCUCAGGAGGCAGGAACUCCCCCCCAGGAGGAUCCGGUUCCUGAACCGAUGCCUCCUGAGAUUCCACAAUUGGACCCACCUCUUGUUUCGGACGAGGACCGGAGGCAAAUCCUGUACCGACGCUUUCUUUUUCUGAAUCUCGGGGGGGAUACCAACCUACACCGGAUGAUAUCUAUCAUUGAUCUACAAUUGAUAGUCGAGCGGAGCAUCGAGGCUGCAUUGGUGGAUGAUGGGAUUCACCCCACCGACAUUAUCCCCAGGUAUGCCAAUAUUCGCGGGAUUAUCCAUUCUCCGCAAGGAUCACUUUUGAGCGAGCGAACCUAUGGUUCAUACGUGAACCAGAUAAGGGAACAGGGUACACGACAAAGUGUGCCCUAUCAACGGAUUAGGAGAGCCAUUCUCUCCUAUGAUCUUGUGUUCCCGCGGCAAUGAGCCAUGAAGAGCUCUAUUUCUUGGUUGUAGCCUUUAAAGUCCUAGAAGGCGAGGCCCCCCUACCUCCAUCAGGGGUUUGGGGAAAUUUCCCAUGACAAGCAGGACCCUUCACAGCUAAUCGAUCUAUCACUCAAUCCCAGGCCGUUCCGUCAUUGUCUGAUUUUUUGUUGUCUGAUCACACUCGAAAUUAUGUAUCUACUUAUCGUAUUUUUGCCCCUCCUCGGUAGUUCCGUAGCAGGUUUUUUCGGACGUUUUCUAGGAUCAGAAGGAACCGCUAUAAUAACCACCACGUGCCUUUCAUUUUCUUCGAUCUUAUCUUUGAUUGCUUUUUAUGAAGUCGCACCGGGAGCUAGUGCUUGCUAUCUAAGAGUUGCUCCAUGGAUCUCAUCGGAAAUGUUUGAUGCUUCUUGGGGCUUCUUUGGCGACCGUGAAGUCACCGGAUGAAUUGCCGAGUAAAUAGAUCAGAUCCGGGCGCGGCUGUUGCUCCGCGGCGCUACGGGCUCGACCCGCUCCUACCCACCCUGGGGCACCAUAGCAUGUCGGGAAUAAGGGGGGACAUACUGGACGUAAGCACUCCCUUGGUUGGGGGCGCCCUCCCUUUCGAUCGAUACACAGUUGAGGAGGCCGAUCACGAACGCUACAGGUGUGGGAGCGAUCCUGGUCAGGGAAGGCUAAAACGGCGCCUCGCAUAUGGGUAGCAAGAGGGCGCUUAUGCCCCGACGGUGGGGCCUUAUGGGGAAGGGCCCAGCCCAAUAGGGGCAGCACACCCCCCACUUCAAGCGCACCUCUGUAUCGACAGAAUCACUCUAAGGGUCUAGUCGGUGGAACCGGUGAACCACGCGAGCUGGUUAGAUGCGUGGGGCAGAGGGCUCGUAGUACCCCCUUUUCUUGAUCGAUCCUUUUCUUCGCUCCGGUAGUGAAUCACCUACUCAAAAAAUGGGCAGGCCUGCACGCCUUAUUUUAGACUACUUUUAGACUACUAAGGCAGGCGGUGGACUCUUUCAUGUUGGAAGGGGAGAAGGGGCCUAAGCACGGCAGA